AUGCGAUAUUCACAAUCGUUUCAGCGUACAUCAAAUCGCGCUCUCCAGACCCUCAGAAAUGAUCGCCCCUCGAUAGCACAGAGCAAGACAAACUUCUCGAAAGCUUCCACCCGCUCAAUACAAAGUCAGAGAUUCCAGUCCUUCACUCCGCCAUCUCCAGAGUCCCUCGGAAAGGCUCGUCCCGCAAAGCUAUACCCGCGCACGAUUAAAUGGGGUCGCAGACUCUUGUUUGUCAGCUUAGUGGGGGGAACGUUCUACGUUCUUGAUACACAGUUCUACGCUUCUUCCAUAACACGAUCUCUUCGAACUUUUGGCCUGGGCAUAGUAGUAGCACUAGAUUACAAGCUCAAUUUCAGACCGAAACCCUGGCUGGGUGGCGACAUAACGGACUUGCACUUGAGGAACGCAGAGAGGCUCUUCGAGCUCCUGCACCAGAAUGGAGGGCUAUACUUGAAGAUUGGUCAGGCGAUCGCUAUGCAGAGUGCGGUUCUGCCACCUGAAUUCCAGAAAAUGUUUUCGAGGAUGUUCGAUGAUGCUCCGCAGAAUACUUGGAGUAACAUCGAGAAGGUUAUCAGAGAGGAUUUUGGGGGUAAAAGUCCCGAGGAGGUUUUCGGCGUAAGCUUCAGCAAUGAACCUGGGAAGGGUGUCAUGGAGAAGAAAGCUAGGGCAUCGGCAUCUGUUGCGCAGGUUCACUGGGCAAGACUGCCAGAUGGGAGAGAGGUUGCUAUCAAAGUCCAGAAGAGAGAGAUCGAACAGCAGGUUGGAUGGGAUCUCUGGGCUUUCAAGGUCAUGAUGAAAGUCUACACAUACUGGUUCGAUCUUCCCUUCUACAGUCUCGUACCCUACAUCGCCGAGCGCCUGAUGCUUGAAACAGACUUUGUCAACGAAGCCAAUAACUCCGAGAAGAUGGCCGAACUCGUGUCCAGUGAACCCCGUCUCCGAGGUCGCGUCUACAUCCCCAAAGUCUACCGCGAGCUCUCCUCCAAGCGGGUCAUGACAGCAGAGUGGAUUGAAGGGGUACGCCUCUGGGAUAAAGAGACCCUCACAGGAACCUGGCUCGGUGGCAAUGGACGUGGCUCUCCCGGCGCAAAAGGCACACCUCUCCCACCUGUAAAUACCCCCACCCGCCCCAAUGAUGGCACCGGCUUCCUCAAGCCCUCCCGCGAUGACUGGCGCGGUCGCUCAGGAAAAGGUGGACUAGGCCUCUCCCUCAAGCAAGUCAUGACAACCAUGAUCGACUUGUUCUCCGCCCAGAUGUUCCUUUGGGGUCUCGUGCACUGUGAUCCUCACCCAGGCAACAUAUUCAUCCGACGGCAACCGAACGGACAGCCGGAACUCGUCCUGAUAGACCAUGGACUAUACGUGUCCAUGAACCCGAAAUUCAGACGCCAAUAUUGCCAGUUCUGGAAAGCAAUCAUGACGUUUGAUAACGAGACGUUAAGCGAGAUCACCAGCUCGUGGGGAGUCAAAGCCCCCGAUCUGUUUGCUUCAGCAACACUCAUGCGCCCAUAUGAAGGGGGGGAUAGUAGUACGAAGCAACGCAUCACUGGCGAACUCAAGGGCCUUACGCCAGCAGAACGACAUUACGAAGUCCAAGAGCGCAUGCGCCAGGGUAUCCGCGAGGUGCUGUCUGAGGAGGAGAACUUCCCACGCGAACUGCUCUUCAUCGGCCGCAACAUGCGGAUCGUUCAAGGCAAUAACCAGUACUUAGGCUCGCCCGUCAAUAGGAUUAAGAUGACUGGGUGGUGGGCCAGCCGUAGUCUUGUUGAUGAUAGAGAUCUAAGUUUCGCACAGAGAUGGGUGAAUGCAUGGCGGCAUUUGCUAUUUCGCUUCGUUCUUCUCGGCAGCGAUGUCGUGUGGUGGGGAAGUCGUUUGAGGCAGGUUCUUGGGUGGGGAGAGGGCAUGGAUGAUGAUUUGGAGAAACAAAUGCGCUUUAUUGCGAAAGAUCAGUUCGGAGUUGAGUUGCAGCAUUCAGUGUUUGAGGGCUGA